AUGAACCCGAUGAACGUUGCUGGAAUGAACCCGGGGGUUGGAGGCCCUGUCGGCGGUGUCCCAAUGAUGAACAACGGCUCCACGGCUCCUCGUAACGACGGCAAUGUGAACAUGAACACUCCCGAGCUCAUGAUCACCAACCUCAACACAUAUAUCUAUGACUACUUCUUGAAACGUGGUUACCACGAAUGCGCCCGCGCCCUCGUCCAAGACGAAUCGAUCAAAAUCAACACUGACAAUGGCCCAAAGACCAGCCCUGGUAGCGGAGUGAACGGCAUUGAUGGCGAUUCCAUGAUGACCGAUGGCAAAGACGGCGAGAAGAUGAAAAUCCCUGAUGAUCUUCCUCGUCCUAAUCUACCUAACGAAAGCAACUCGUCAUUCCUCCUGGACUGGUUCAGCCUUUUCUGGGAGUUCUUUUGGGCUCAGCGCCGGAAGGGUUCGCAGCACGACGUCCGAAAUUACCUACAACACACUCAGAACAUGAUGCGCCUUCGGGAACAGCAGCACAACCAACUGAUGCGGCAGCAGCCUAUGAUGCCCGGCCAAGUGCCACUGAACAUGCGACGCAACGGCGGCAUGAAGACUGUCUUGCAGAACAACACCGCCGGCCUCUCCCAACAACAACUUCAGGCCCAAAUGCAGAAGACUCAGCAGAUGCAAAUGAUGCAGCAGAUGCAACGCGAACAGUCCGACAUGGACAUGAACGGGAACCGGCCGCAAUCACCCGCAUCUGCUGACAACGCCCCAUCGCCAUCGAAACGCCCACGCCUCGAGAACGGACAGCUGUUGGCCCCCAACGGCCGUGGACAAGGACAGGGAAUGCAAGGACAGCCCACACCGCAGGCCCUGAUGAUGCAGAACGGAAUGCGCGCUGGUAUGAACCAAGCGCAAUUUCAGCAGUUCCAGGGACAGGCUGCGCAACAGAAAUCCAUGCAGGUAUAUGCUCAAAACUUGGCCCUUCAUCACUCGCGCUCAACCUCAAAUUCCCAGGGUAUUCCGAAUGGUGGUAUGAUGAACCCCGGCAUGAUGCAGAAUCAGACGGACAUGGUGGCGAUGCCCGAUGGCCAAGGAGGAAUGUAUUCCAUGGGUCCCGAGUACUACGCUUCGAACGGUCAGCUGCCCGGCGGUGUCCGGCCUGGUAUGCCGACACCUGGCGGGCAACACGGCAACCACGCGCUUCAGGACUACCAAAUGCAGCUGAUGCUGCUUGAACAGCAGAAUAAGCGGCGUCUGAUGAUGGCUCGCCAGGAACAAGAUACCAUGGCCGGCCGUGAGGGCCAGGGCCCGAUGCCCGGUCAAGGAGCCUUGCAGUCAGGCACCUCCCCUCAAGGUAGCAGGACGGGCGCAUCUCCCAAUCCGAGCGAGCAAAUGAAGCGAGGCACACCCAAGAUGCCCCAGAGCGGCCUUCCCGGAUCGCCUAGUGCUGGGGACAUGCAGCCUCGUGGCUCGCCAGGAUCUAUGAAUCUCAAUGGCGGACAAAUGCCGCCUGACAUGGCUGCUAACUUCUUCCCCGGUGGACCAGGAAUGCGUCCUCCCCCGAGCUCGAACCCGGCCUUCAGCGGGCCUCAGAUGGGCCAACCGAUUCCCGCCAAUGGCAACCGUGUUCCUAGCGGGCAAUGGCAGCCUGGCCAGCCGAUGCCACAGCAUUCACCUGCGACACAGCCUCAAGCCGGCACACCUCAGGAACGAGGCAAUAUGCCUCCGCCUCAGGCGCCUCCCGGUGCGGGUCCGGCGGGCCGCACCCAGCCACCAUCCCCUCAGACGGCUGGCAAUGCGCCACCCACCCCUCAGCAGGCUUCUAAAGCAGCACCCAAGGGUAACAAGAAGAAGCCCAAGGCGCCCGCCAAGGGCAACAAGGCCAAUGCCAACGCCGCCGGUGCCACGCCAUCCAAUGACUCCGCCGAGCACGCGCAAACGCCUACUCCGUCCACUCCCGCCACGCCUCAUCCUCCCAACUCCUUCAACAAGGGCGGAGCUAAUGCCAAUACCAAUGCGCCACCUCAGCCUACCUCGGCUCCUGCUCAGCCGUCAAUGACCAAUGCUUUCAGCCUUGACUUCAGUGCCCUAGACAAUCCCGACAUCCUGGAGAGCUUCGAUUUUGACACUUUCCUCAACACCGAUGCAGACGGGACUGGCUUCGGAUUCGACCCCAACAUGCCAUACUCCACAGAUGGUGUUGAGACUGGGGCCGGUGACGGCCUUUGA